AGUGCACUGUACUACUUAAAUUGAAAGAUGGAAAAAAUGCUUUGCUAGCUAGACUACUGAUGGCCCCAAAAUAAUAUGUUUCAUGAACGGGAAUAAAUGGUCUAGCACUAAGGGUAUUUAGUAGGACAACGGUGAUUUUGUGUAAUUAUGGCCUAAUGUAUUUAGCAGAGAAAAGGUUCCACUCGUGCGCGGAAAAAAGACGUGGGGGGGUGGUGCGAAGGGUUCGGUCAGGCCUGUCAGUCAAACAAGAAGCUUAGCUCAGGGAGUGCGUGUUUGACGGUGAGGCUCGCCACCGGAGCAGAGACUGUGAACAACAGGGAAGGAUUGAAUGCAGUGCAAAUAUUGCAAAUUUGAAAGCUUCAAUAAAGAGGCUCUCCUGAAGCACUUUCGACUUUGUCACGGUACAGGUGCAAACUGGCCCUGUAUUCACACAGACUGUGUGUGUGUAUUUAAAACACCUGGUGCAUUACGGUCACACUUCUCAAGAUCACACACAACUGUGAGAUUACAGGAAAACUCAACAUUUCAAUGUGACUUGUGUAAUUUUAAAGAAUUUUCCCUUAGGCGGAGAGAGGUAGUAGAGGGGCAGCCUAUGGUAUCCGAAGUCCAGCAGAGAUGGCCUGCACUGUUUUCCUGUGAAGAGAUAUCUGAAGAAUUUCAUCGCAUCACCAGCAAAGACCUCCUGAAGACUUUCAAUGAGUCCCUUGAGAAUGAUGUGCCUCGCCUGCUCAGACUGUACCGGGCUAGAAAGGGAGCUUUUGGUCAGCAAAUAGAAGACUUCCUGGAUAAGCUUGAUGAACAGACAUCAGGCAUUGUGUCUCACCGAAAGAUGACAGCACUGAGAUGCCUCCCCGUUUUUGUCCGGGACGACACAACUAAGUUUUUCCUGCAGCAUUUGAAAACUGGCCUGAAGAAAGAGUGCUCAGAGGCGUGUCUGUUGGCAUCCUUACAAUCCUUGAAGAAGAUGAUCCUGCUGUAUCACCCAACGUACGGGACUGGGCUGUUGUGUUGGAAGGUUCCAUCAUGCUACAUCAAUCAAUCAAUCAAUCAAUGUUUAUUUAUAUAGCCCUAAAUCACAAGUGUCUCAAAGGGCUGUACAAGCCACAACGACAUCCUCGGUACAGAGCCCACAUACGGGCAAGGAAAACUCACCCCAGUGGGACGUCAAUGUGAAUGACUAUGAGAAACCUUGGAGAGGACCGCAUAUGUGGGUAACCCCCCCUACAUGACCUGCCAGACCUCGGUACCGCCUUUGCAUACCUCUUUGGCCUACUGUAUGUGUCAGAGGCCUUGACACUUUCCCAGGUAUUUUCUUUAAAAUGAAUAAAACACUUCCCUAACAGUAAAAUUGGAUCCCUGUAACACUGAAGUUAAAAGCUAAGAAACACAUGUUUUUACAGCAGCCAGGCAAUAUAAUUGUGUAAUGAUUUGAUGAUAGAAUUAUCAUCAUAGAUAGAGAAAAUGUGUUUUGUAAAUUAGAACAGUUGACAAACUUGAUCAGUUGACAGUGAAUAUGCACCUCUUGUAAACCUCACUUAAAUGUAAAGAAAAAUAUAUAUCUCCAUUUAAGUGAGAUUCACAAAAUAGCAUCAUGCUACAUAACCCGCCAGACCUUGGUACUGCCUUUGCAUACCUCUUUGGCCUACUGUAUGCCAUGAACAUUGAUUAUCCAAAGGAGAUGAAGUACACAUAUGAAGCCAUUCAGAUUAUCUUUUUCAAGCUUGGCUCUGUGCUCAAGUCUCCUCUGCCUCUGAAAUAGAGAUUCUUUAAAAAAAAGAAAAUAAAGAAUCGUUAAUCUAUUUCAGAGGCAGAGGGGACUUAGCUUUUAACUUCAGUGUUACAGGGAUCCAAUUUUACUGUUAGGGAAGUGUUUUAU